AUGUACAUGUACCAUGAGGUUGGUUAUAGAAAACCUGACAUCAGCGGUGAAUUUAACUUGGAGGACACGCCACAGAAAUUUACCUCUGUCAGGUGCGGGGGACGUUUCCGACCUUCGAACUGCAAAGCACAUCAGAAGGUGGCGCUACUUAUUCCUUUCAGGGACAGAUACGAACAUUUGAGAAUAUUUAUUCACCACAUACACCCAUUUCUAAUGAGGCAGCAAUUAGAAUAUGGAAUUUUUAUCAUUGAUUUGGAUGAGAGAAUACAGUUUAACAAAGGUCUCCUUCUAAAUGUGGCGUUCCUAGAGGCCAGUAAGGAAUAUGAUUAUGACUGUUAUAUUUUCCACGAUGUUGAUCUGCUUCCAGAAAACGAUUACAAUCUUUAUCGCUGUUCUGAUCUGCCGCGUCAUAUGUCUGUAGCCGUGGACAAAUUCAACUACCAAUUGCCAUACGUUGAAAUAUUUGGUGGUGUAUCAGCCAUGACAAAGGAACAAAUACUAUUUAUCAACGGAUUUUCCAACAAGUUCAGCGGCUGGGGAGGGGAGGACGAUGACAUGUACAACAGACUUAAAUUUCGUCACAUGUCAGUUCUAAGAAGUAUGAAUGACGUCUCAAAAUACACGAUGCUCAAGCAUAAACAAAGUCCACCUAAUCCUAAAAGAUUUAAACUGAUAAGCACAGGAAUGAAACGAAUGGGGCGGGACGCUUCACUUAUAUCAGUAACCAGAUGCGAUAAUGUAGAAAAAGUCGGGUCAGUACUAAAUGUAGACUUCAUGGAGAUGAAUCAACCAUGCAGCUGCUUAGUGAAGCCUCGCUUUAAUGGAGAUCUGGUAUUCACAUCUAACGUUAUUCUUUAUGACUGUAAUACCGAAGUCACAGUUCAGAAAAGCAGUGGUAUUAGCGAGGCCUUUGCAGUCCGAUGUCCCAGAGAACAUACCUCUAAGAUGUACACUGUAGAUAAUUCUACUGUUUUUGAAAUAAAGACAAGAUACCUCAAUACAUCAACCGAUAAAACCAUACAUCAGUCAAUUCAAGUGUUUCAAGACAGAAGUUAUUCCUCACACAUAGCCGUGUCCUGCACUAUUGACGAUUCAGUAGUUAUUCCUUUACAAACAGAAGAAAAAUCUCGUGAUACCACCAGUGAUCAAGGACUUCUUAUAGCAUUAAUAGUCUGUGGAUUAUUGGUAGCUACACUAACAGGAAUCAUCAUCUUCCUAGUUUUUCGUAACAUGAGGAACCAGAAAAGGGAUUCCAAAAAAGAAAUUAAUCAAGAAAUUGUUGUAAAUCCACCGUCUCCUCCAAAUCGUCCGAAUUCAGCGUACACAGCACUAAACGCACCUCAGGCUGAUAGACAGGCAGAACAACCUUAUACUAGACUACACAGUGAAACUGGACCACUGGAAACCUCUACAGUUCCUACAACUCGUCCGGGAUCUGCUUAUACAGCAUUAAACCCUGAACAAACUGGCGGGCCAUCAGAACAGCCUUAUACAGGACUGAACAGGGAACCAGAAUCCAACGAAUCUGUGUACCAUGAGAUUAACCCACUAUCGAGAGAAGAAGAGGGUACGGCAACAUUAACUAGUGAUCAAUACAUACCGAUGACAGGAGGAGGAAUUACAGAACGUCGUGUUGUGAGCAACACCAGUGAAGAAUAUAUAAACGAGUCCAAUACAAAUGUUUAAUGCAAAAUGUUGAACUUUGAAUUCAAACUUUCAUUUGAUUUUUUUUUCUACUGGUAUUAAACGAUUCAUAUGUGAAACGAUGACUUAAAAAGGAUGAACAUGUU